GAAUGAAUGGGAUUGUUUCUGAUUUGUAAGGUGUCUCCAUCUCUGAUUCUGGCCCACAAGUCACACCAUUGGCUCAAGCUGAUUCUUUCAGACUUGUUUUACAAGUUGGGUUUUAAUUACACGGGAUUUCCUCCUUUGGCUUCAGGUACACAGAACACGAAAGAGUCAUUCAGUUGAGAGGGAAUCUCAAAGCAGUAGGACGGACAGAACCAAGGACCUCUUCAUUAUUCAAGAGUAAAAUGUAUAGGCCAAGAUCAAUGGUAUCACCUUCAAGAUUCUUCAAUCCCUUUAUGGUAGCUUUCAUUGUCAUAAUAACAGUAGGGCUCCUGGCCAUGACCGCAGGUCUACUUAUUCACUUUUUAGCUUUUGACAAGAGAGCUUACUUUUAUCAUAGCAACUUUCAUAUCCUAAAUGUUGACUAUACCGAAGCUUUAAACUCACCAGCUACGCAUGAAUACAGAACCUUGAGUGAAAGAAUCGAGUCUAUGAUUACUGACUCAUUUCGAGAAUCAAAUCUACGAAGUGAGUUUAUCAGGACACAUGUUGUCAAACUGAGAAAAGAAGGGAGUGGUGUGGUUGCGGAUGUUGUCAUGAAAUUUCGAUCUAGUAAGCGUAACAACAAAAAGGCAAUGAAAACCAGAAUCCAAUCUGUGCUACAAAGACUCAGCAGCUCUGGGAACUUGGAAAUAGCCCCUUCGAAUGAGAUAACAUCACUCACUGACCAGGAUACAGAAAAUGUUUUGACUCAAGAAUGUGGAGCACGUCCAGACCUUAUAACACUGUCAGAAGAGAGAAUCAUUGGAGGCACUCAAGCUGAGACAGGUGACUGGCCCUGGCAAGUCAGUCUACAGCUCAACAAUGUCCACCACUGUGGAGGUACCCUGAUCAGUAACUUGUGGGUCCUGACAGCAGCUCACUGCUUCAGAAGCUACUCGAAUCCUCAACAAUGGACAGCCACCUUUGGUGUUUCUACAAUAAGUCCUAGGUUAAGAGUGAGAGUAAGGGCUAUUUUAGCCCAUGCCGAGUACAACUCCAUAACUCGUGAUAAUGAUAUUGCAGUUGUACAACUUGACAGAUCUGUCACCUUUACCAGAAAUAUCCAUAGGGUAUGUCUCCCAGCAGCAACCCAAAAUAUCAUACCUGAUUCCAUUGCAUAUGUCACAGGAUGGGGAUCUCUCACUUAUGGAGGCAACACGGUCACAAAUCUACAGCAAGGAGAGGUCAGAAUAGUAAGUUCGGAGGUGUGCAACGAGCCUGCUGGCUACGGUGGUAGUGUCUUGCCAGGAAUGCUCUGUGCUGGAGUGCGUUCAGGGGCCGUGGACGCGUGCCAGGGUGAUUCUGGUGGCCCACUAGUACAAGAAGACACAAGACGGCUUUGGUUUGUCGUGGGGAUUGUGAGCUGGGGAUAUCAGUGUGGCCUGCCAAAUAAGCCAGGAGUGUAUACGCGAGUGACAGCCUACCGCAACUGGAUCAGGCAGCAGACUGGAAUCUAGGGCGACCUAGGAAAACGCGCCACCGGUGAAGUCUGUACCCAAGUGCGCCUGAUUCAGAUGCCGCAGCCUCGCCUUUCAACUGCCAAGGAAACUGGAAACGUCCCAUUUGAACAUCUCGUUACAUAAAUAUGGUUUAACGGUUUAGCAUUUCUUUGUCGAU